AUUCAAGCGACAAAAGGAAACAGCGCCAUUUAAAAAAAAAAAAAAAUUUAAUUAAUUAAAAAAAGAGCAAAACAUUGACAAGCCACCUCUCCCAGCCUCAGGAGAAUACAGGAAGGGGUUUUCACUAUGGAAACCAAUUCGAAGUACCACUGGUCUGAGGAGGAGACAGCAUGUUUCCUUUCACUUUGGUCCUCAACAGAAGUCCAAAACAAACUGGAGGGAACUACCAGAACUAAGCCAGUGUUUGAGCAGAUACAGCGUGAGAUGGCUGCAGCGGGGUACAACAGGACCACUGAACAGAUCAGCAACAAACUUAAAAAGCUAAAGAUGGAGUACAGAGACCAAAAGAAGGGUCCCAGGCGAAGAAGAAAUCCUCAUUUUGAAAUUCUGGAGUCAGUCCUCGGUACCAGAUCAGCAUGCCAGCAGACUGGGCCCCUGUACCCUGAAACAGCGAUGUUUGAAGUGACGGUCGACUAUCCCACAGACAACAUGCUGGUACAAUCUUCUACUCUUUCUGAUGCACCCUUGUGCUCUUGGUCAAGUGCAGAGGUCCAGGCAUUAGUGACACUUUGGGCGGAUCCUUCUGUUCAAGAAGAGCUUCUCCUCAGUACGAGGAAUACCAGAGUUUACACCCACCUCAGUGAUAAACUAGCAUCACUUGGAUUCAACAAAGCACCGAAUAAGUGCAGGGAGAAAAUCAAAAAACUGAAGCAGGAGUACAAGAGAAUCAAGAACGGUCAGCAGGAGGGUGGAAGGACCAACAUCCGCACAAGUGUAUGGUUUGCCAUCAUGGAUGAUGUCCUCAGUUCAAAGGCUGUAGAGGAACAAUGUUCAGAAACAACACAGCCCUCACUGCUCAGCCAGACACAGUCUGUCAUGGACGUGGACAGUGGUGAUGGAACCCAGUGGUUGCCUGAUGAAGUCCAAGUGCUGCUGACCCUCUGGGCACAACCAAACAUCCAGCAACAGCUUCUCACGACAGCGACAAACAACGAUGUCUUUGACUACCUGAGCAGUGAACUUGCCUUCGUGGGGUUUAACAAGACAGCACAACAGUGCAGUCUUAAAGUGACUAAACUUAAAGAGGAGUACAGAAAAAUCAAGGAAGUGCAACUGAUCCAAGGCGUUAACAGCAACUGGUUUGCUAUUUUGGAUCGAGUCCUUGGUCCUGACGAAGAGACGUCUACAGAGGUGGAUUCGUCUGAUGUGCCGACACGGCCCAAAUCACCAGAGAAUGCGCGUGUGAAAGAUGUGUUGCAGGUUGUUUGGACAUCAGAGGAAGUCGAGGUGCUGCUCAGCCUGUGGGCAGAGGAGAGUGUCCAGGAGCAGCUCACGUUAACCCCGAGAAACGAGAGAGUGUUUGCUCGGCUGAGCUCCGACCUCGCCACUCAGGGCUUCGAUAAGACCACCAGCCAAUGCAUGUCAAAGCUAAGACUGCUGAAACAAAAGUACAGAAAGAUUAAGGAACAGAAGGACUCUGAGAAGCAAAAGAGCAGCUGGUUUGCCAUCAUGGAUAAAGUCAACAGUCGUCAUAAGACAGAGACUGAGACUAACACAGCAGCUGGAGUGAUGGAAUCAGCCUCUGCAUCUCUGCAGACAUCACAGCCAGACCCUUCUGGAACAGUGGAAGACUUGGGUUGCCGCUUGUCCAUCUCCUCGUUGUGUCUCCUGGUUCCCACACUGCGCCUGAUGUGUGCCUUUGCCUGGCAAGUGGUCCAGUCUUGCAACGUGCUGCAUUAUGGGAAGGUGGAGGAGCUGGUGAGGUUGGUGACGGAGCUGGCUCCAGACCUGCUGACGCCGAGAGAGAAAAUGCAAGUCCUUCUCAAACUAAGGGCAAGGACGGUGUUGGAGUUGUGUCGCAGUGAGAGCACAGCUGACCUGCUGAACGUACAGCCUCACCUGGAGGUCAUUCAGAACCUCACGAUGGGCCCCAGCUGUGAUCAGGAGGAGCAGGAGGAGCUGUGGAAUUCAAAGUCAAACUUUGAAGAGGUUGUUCAUUUCCUGCUCGAGAACACAGAGGAGAGAAGGAUAUUUUUCAAGGAAGUCUUUCCAAUCCAUUAUGGCCAGCAGUAUGAAGCCACAUUGCACUCGUUAGUCUGGAAAUUUGUCUCUAGACUGGAUCAUCUUUUGCCUGUCCCUGAUAUUAAACAGACUGCAGAGUGGCUCAGCAAAGUUCCUUCUGUCAUGGACGAAUGUGGACGACUGGUUUUGGAAACAGUUCAGCUGAAGGAGCUACUUAACUUCCACCAGCAACAGUCAGGAAGCACAAACAAAUGCUACUCUCAAACUCCGAACAUGUUUUUGCCGAGGCUGUCGGUCCCUCCCAAACCAAAUGCGAAGCAACUCUCUUCAGAGCAGCUGGAGUCCUCUGCAGGUGAUGAUGAAGGACAGUUUGAUUAUAGUAAGGAUGAGGAGCCCAUUGAGGAAAAUCAGUCUGGCAUUGAUGUGAAUCUGGAGGACUGGAGCCAAGGAGACGAAGACCUGAAGCUGAAGGAUGAAGAAAGUGACCACCUGAUCGCUGCAAACUGUCCAGAUUUAAACCAACAGUCCCAAUCAAAGCUGCAGACCUGCUCUCUGUGUCCAUACUCCGACAGCCAAGUGUCAGGUCUCCUGCAGCACAUCAGGAAGGUGCAUCUGAACCAGGAACCCGGCCAGUGUCAGUCAAAAGAAUCUGACACGGGUAACGCCCCUCAGAAAGUGGGCGCUAAAACGUGCGCUGCAGGGAUGAGUAACGCAACAAACACUUGCAAGUAUUGCGCAAAAGCCUUCAAGUCUGUGUCGACCCUGAACGGCCACAUAAAAACACACACGCUGCCAUUCCAGUGUGACAAGUGUGACAAAAAGUACUCGUCCAGGGAGCACCUGAACGUGCACCGCCGCAUUCACACGGGCGAGACGCCAUUUUUGUGUUCGACCUGCGGCCGGGGCUUCAGGUCCGUUUACAGCCUCCGUUUACACGUUCGCAUACACACUGGAGACCGGCGCUACACGUGUCACAUUUGCGGGAAGACUUCGAUCCAGCACCUGAUGAGACACAUGCGGAUGCACCGAGGAGAGAAGAACUUCCUGUGUACGGAGUGUGGGAAGGCUUUUCUCUCCUCCGGGGAGCUGAGGCUCCACAUGAGGUAUCACACAGGCGAGCGUCCAUACGCGUGCAAACACUGCGGGAAGGGUUUCAUAGCGAAGUGCCACUUGACAGUUCAUAUGCGGAAACACACAGGGGAGACUCCUUACAGGUGUUCUGUGUGUCCGAAAUCCUUUAAAACUUUCAAAGGGAGGAAAAGGCACAUGAAGAUCCACCUGAGCAAAAAGUCUUUCCAGUGUUUGAAGUGCGGUAAAAUAUUCAGGCAAGAAGACACUUUUAAAACACACGUUCAGAUGCAUGAAUGAAAGAAGGAGCUGCUGUUUAAAGGAAAAUAAAUGUUGGACAUUCUGGUUUGAUCAAUGCAACUUUGGCCGAGGAAUCUGUGUCAGUCCUGCCAAUAAAAAGGCAAGGCUGUAGUAACUCAUUUUGGCACAUGGUUUGAUAUAUUUAAAUUUAUGUGGGCAAGUGAUUUUUAAACAAUACAUCUACAGAGCUUUAAACAAGUCCAGCUGCCUACAAUAUAGCACUUGGAAUUACCCUGACCUUGUUGAGCUUGUUGAAAGGUGCAGAAUAACAGUCUCUCUUUUCCCAAAAAACAUUAUCAUGAUUGUGAAAUAAUACUUUUA